UCCCUCGAUCAUCGCCUCAGCUGGCUAUGAACUAGAACACUGUAUGGAUCCUAACCUACAUCAGUGUUCCCAGUGUUAUUGUACUUUGAAUCGAAAUUAUUCAGUUAUUUAAAUGGCAAAUCUUUUUCGUUUGCCAAUAGUCAGAAACUUAAUCAUUCAAGUGCACAAGAACCAGUCGAGAAACAUAAUGACAACCCCAGCGAGAGCUAAAAAGUUGCUGGAAUCCUUGAAGGACAACCCGUACUUCGACAAGUAUGCUGGAGCUAUCACUCGUCUUCAAGAGACUAAUCCAGAGGAGUUUGUUUCGAGAAUUGUGGAUCAGCAGAGAAAGGCAGAAGAGAAAAAAGAGAAGGCAAAGACCUUCAAAAACGAUGCAACAGCCAAACCAGCCUUGAAACCAAGUAUGCAGAGGAGUCAGGCUCGUCUGUCUGACGUCAUGAAGACUGAAUUACUCGAGGACAAAGUGGGACUUUUUCUGAAGCCCUGGAUGAAGCUGCAGACGAGGUUGUACUCGAAUUAUGAGAGAAAAUUUGCAUUCGUUAGCACCCCGAUUUUUUACGUUAAUGCUGGUCCACACAUUGGUCAUUUAUACUCUGCCACAAUGGCUGAUGCAGUGGUCAGGUACAAUAAAAUGCUGGGGCUUGAUACAUUUUUCAGCACUGGAACGGAUGAGCAUGGAAAUAAAGUCAUGAAUGCAGCGAUUUCGAAAAAUUCAUCACCAAGUAACUACUGUGAAGAGAUAUCACAAUUGUUCAGGGGAAUGUGCGACGAUUUUAACGUUGGAUAUUCGAAAUUCAUCAGAACGACUGAUGAGGAACACCGACGAGGAGUUCACACAUUCUGGACGCACUUACACAAUUCUGGUCACAUCUACCUCGGUAAAUACUCAGGUUGGUACUGCACGUCCGACGAGGCCUUUGUCCCCCCGUCUGAUCUGGAGGACCUCAGGAAACCAGACGGUAGCACAAUUAAGAUCUCCUCCGCAUCUGGAAACCCUGUGGAGUGGAUGGAGGAGGAGAACUACAAAUUUCGAUUGAGUUCAUUUCAGGAUGACCUCAAGCACUGGUUGAAGGAUGAGAAAUCCGUUCAGCCCCUAAAAUUCCACCGAAUAUUAUCCAAUUGGGUGGAGGAAGGCUCUUGUCUAAACGAUCUCAGUGUCUCCAGGCCAGCAUCCAGGGCGCCCUGGGGCAUCAAAGUCCCUAACGACGCUUCUCACACUGUUUAUGUCUGGCUCGACGCUUUAAUAAAUUACCUCACAGUCCUGGGGUAUCCCGAGGAUAAAUAUAAAAAAUUCUGGCCACCAAAAGUUCAAGUGAUAGGUAAAGACAUACUAAAGUUCCACGGAAUCUAUUGGCCAGCAUUUUUGAUCGCAGCGGGUAUGGAGCCUCCGAGAACUCUUUUAUGUCACUCUCACUGGACUGUCAACGAUGAAAAAAUGUCAAAAUCCAAAGGUAACGUUAUUGCGCCCUCGAAAGCAGCAGAAAUGUUCACUCCCGAUGGCCUCAGGUAUUUUCUCCUACGAGAAGCUGUCCCCCACAGCGAUGCCAAUUACAACGAGGAGAAAAUUCGAAAGAUUCUCAAUGCGGAACUGGCAGAUACCCUCGGGAAUCUGUUCAGCAGGUGUAUGGGAAAGGCUGUGAAUCCCCGUGGAAUCAUUCCAGAGGCCUCAGUAGCUCAUAAAGACAUCUUACGUACAGAGGAGGCUGAAAACUUGGUGGAGAGCCUCCGCUGUCUACCAGCCAUAGCCCAGGAGUCCUACGAGAACUUUAAUUUCCAUCAAGUGGUUGAUGCAGUCAUGGCAUCUCUACGAUACGCGAAUAAAAUGAUUGAGCAUCACAAGCCCUGGGCUUUAGUCAAAAACACCGAUGCAACCUCUGUGAAUGAACUCGAAGCUGUCCUAGCGCUUGGACUUGAGUCUGUCAGGGCCAGUGCCCUCAUUCUACAUCCAAUCAUCCCCCAAGUCACCGAGAAUCUUCUGUGUCAUCUGAAGAUUCCCCCGGAUUCGAGGCAAUGGAGAAACACAGAGUUCUUGAGGAGUGGGAGAGUAGCUGAGGGGCUUGAAGAGGAGAGACCCAACAAUCUGAUAUUCUUCAAGAGGAUAAAGUAAACCUUUUAUGUAACAUUCUUAUUUUGAAUAAAAUCCGUUUCACAUAACA